AGGAGUAGGAGGGGCAGAGAGAAAGGGAGUGCAGGAACUGAAGAACUUAGAGUGGUCUAAUGGGAGAGAGAAGAGAAGGAAGGAAAGAACAUAAGAAAGCGCAGAAGCCAUUUUCUAGGCAAGACCAUGAGGUGUUUCUAGGAAAGGACCAGAGUGGCAGCUCCAUUACCACUAAGCAUGAGCAAGAAUAGAGACAUGGAAAACUCAGAGAGUCUGAUGCAGGAAUCCAGAUCGAAGUCAGCUUUGUGGGGGGGCACACCGCAAUACAACUAUGUCUGCUUUGAGAAAUGCACUCGUUAUGGGAUACCCUUGGAGGCAGGACGCGAGGCCGGGGGGACAGGGGACGACCUGCACUACCUGGAGAACUCCCUCAGCCACCCACAGCUGUAUGGACAAUACACAGACCAGAUAACAGAUGACUUUGCUGAAAAGGAUGCAGCAAAACUAUUGAAUACAAAGCAGGCCCAAAAGAACAGCGAAAGACCCUUGAAACGUGAGAGUCAAGUAGAGAUAAAAGAAGAACAUUAUUCCAAAUGCCAAGACUGUGCUAGACGCAUCCAGAAAUAUGUCACCAGGAAGCUUGGAGAGGACUGGAUUUUCUUGGUUCUUUUGGGUCUGGUCAUGGCGUUGGUGAGCUGGGGAAUGGAUUAUGCCAGCGCAAAGAGCCUACAGGCCUACAAGUGGAUGUACAGAGAGAUGCACCCGAAUAUUCCUUUGCAGUAUCUGGUGUGGGUAACAUACCCACUUGUUCUCAUACUGUUUGCAGCCAUCUUCUGCCACCUCGUCUCUCCACAGGCUGUUGGGUCUGGGAUCCCAGAACUCAAGACAAUUAUGAGGGGAGUGGUCCUCAAGGAAUAUCUCACUCUCCAAGCAUUUGUGGCCAAAGUUGUGGGCCUCACAGCUGGGCUUGGGAGUGGCAUGCCUGUAGGAAAAGAGGGCCCUUUUGUGCAUAUUGCCAGUAUCUGUGCAGCAGUACUCAGCAAGUUUAUGUCAAUUUUCUGUGGUGUAUAUGAGCAGCCAUACUAUUACACGGAUGUCCUGACUGUGGGUUGUGCUGUGGGGGUUGGCUGCUGCUUUGGGACACCACUUGGAGGGGUCCUUUUCAGCAUUGAAGUCACUUCCACUUACUUUGCUGUGCGUAAUUAUUGGAGAGGUUUCUUUGCAGCUACCUUUAGUGCCUUCAUUUUCCGAGUCCUUGCUGUUUGGAACAAGGAUGCAAUUACCAUCACAGCGCUAUUCAGAACUAACUUUCGCAUGGAUUUCCCCUUUGAUCUGCAAGAGCUGCCAGCAUUUGCUGUAAUAGGGAUAUGUUCAGGAUUCCUUGGAGCAUUUUUUGUUUAUAUCAAUCGCCAAGUGGUCCUGUGCAUCCGGCGUCUUACAGCUCUAAGCCAGUUUCUCACCAAAUACUUCCUCAUAUACCCCGGGUUCAUAACCUUCUUUAUAGCAUCUGUGACCUUCCCUCCAGGGUUUGGGCAGUUCAUGGCAGGAGAGUUGAUGCCACGGGAAGCCAUCAGCUCUCUCUUUGAUAACUACACCUGGGCAAAAUACACAGGAGACCCUCAAAUCCUUGGGAAAUCUGCUGCCUGGAUCCACCCCAAAGUCAGUGUCUUCAUCAUCAUCCUACUUUUCUUCCUCAUGAAGUUUUGGAUGUCUGUCAUUGCUACCACGAUGCCAAUCCCCUGUGGAGGCUUCAUGCCUGUUUUUGUUCUGGGUGCUGCUUUUGGACGUCUUAUUGGAGAAAUCAUGGCAUCUCUCUUUCCAGAUGGGAUUGUCUUUGAUGGUAUUGUUUACAGAAUCUUACCUGGAGGGUAUGCUGUCAUUGGUGCAGCAGCUCUGACAGGAGCAGUGAGCCACACUGUAUCCACUGCAGUGAUCUGCUUUGAGCUGACAGGUCAAAUUUCCCACAUCCUGCCCAUGAUGGUAGCUGUCAUUCUUGCCAACAUGGUGGCCCAGAGUCUGCAACCCAGCCUCUAUGAUAGCAUCAUCCAGGUGAAGAAGUUGCCCUACCUGCCAGAUCUGGGCUGGAAUCAUAUAAGCAAAUACAAUAUCUUUGUUGAAGAUAUUAUGGUCCAAGAUGUGAAAUUUGUCUCCUCCAACUGUAAAUAUCGAGACUUGCAAACUGUACUCCAAAGCACCACUGUCAAGACUUUGCCUUUGGUGGACUCACCAGAGACCAUGAUCCUUCUGGGGUCUGUAGAGCGAUCUGAACUGCAGGCACUCCUCCAGAGACACAUCAGCCCAGAACGGCGACGGUGCCUCCACAGACAAAUGCAGCAGAAGCUGGCUGAGGCACCUUACGAUGGACACAGCAAGGGAUCAGGAGCAACCCUGCCAAAGCUGAAGCAUGAAUCUUUCGUUUAUGUUGAUGAAGAUGAUGAUACAGAUGAGAAGGCAGAGCAGUCUCAGCCACCAAGCCCCUCCCCUAGUCACCCAGAGGAGCCCAAUGGCCCAACAAGUCCUCUUAAACAAACGCCUGAAAUUUUGGAGCCACAGCAGUUCUCAGACAGUUUCCGGAAUUUGAGGCAACUGUUCCAGCAGCUCUUGUGCCCUUACAACCGUCGACCUGAAACACAGAGUGCUGUCCAGGAGCCAGUGGAAGUCAUUGAGACAAUGACACCAGAAGAGAUAGAUGCUUGGGAACAGGAGGAGCUGGAAAAGGAUGUGUGCUUUGAAUGUUGCCGCAUAGACCCUUCCCCUUUCCAACUGGUGGAGAGAACCUCCCUGCACAAGACACAUACAUUGUUUUCAUUACUGGGCCUCAGCCAUGCCUAUGUAACCAGUAUGGGGAAGCUGAAGGGAGUGCUGGCUUUGGAAGAGCUUCAAAAGGCAAUAGAGGGCUCCACACGCUCCGGAGUUCGCCUCCGUCCUCCCCUUGCCAGUUUCCGUGACACAAACCGGACUUCAAUCAGCGGUGAAAAGGUCACCCAGGGUACUCAGGUCUGGAGCCAGCAGGACAACAGCAUGGUGCCAGCACAGCAAGCAGCAGACUUGGGGACAAAGAACACACUGCCUCUCUACUCACACUCUCCACAACCCUCUCACUUACAUGAUGAAGGGGAAGGCCCGUGCUCCAAUUAUGCUACUGAUACUGAGUUAGAAGAGAUGGAGCUGACAGGACCAGUUAAUGAAAACAUCUCAGACAUCCUGAAGGACAUCAGCCUACACACCACUGAUCUGGAUGAAGAUGAGGAUGAAGACGUCCCCUUAUAGGUGGUAUGAGGGCAUAGCCCAUCGUGUUGAGCCAGUCUUUAGUAUGCUCCUCAAAGAGAAGCUUUUGGAUGCUCUCUGUAAACCCCAAAGAGAAUUGAUUCAGUUGGAGGAAGCAACAUAGGACUGAACCUUUUUUUUCUGCUGCAAAUACCAAUUGGGUUAUUGAGCUGUGUACAGGUGUCAGAUGUAGUCUGCAAGGUGACUAAGGGUAGGCUCAUGUUAAAGGCCUCUGCUUUCACUUAUAUGUCUACACAACAUAUCAGAAAGGACCAUAAGAGGACAUUAAUAUUACUGGACAUAAGAUGCCCUUGUUCAGUCUACCAUAUAGAAAGUGGAGGGGUUGCAAAUCUUAUUCUCCACUGGUUUCAUCCUUAUGGUCACACCUGAUUUGCAUGCACCAGAAAAAAACAGACCUCCAAGCAAGAAGCGUACUGCUGCUUCUGUCUGCAGCCCUGUCCACGUUCCUCAUUUUGGCUAAGCUCUUAACUUCACCACCCCAAAACAUUCCCAUCUAGAAUAUUUUUCCUCUUUCUUAUUUUUACUCUGGGAUCUUCCUGGGUGGAAUUGCAGUUAGAUGUUUCUCCGAUGACCUUUAGCAGAGCCAUAUCCUAAAGUCAGGUAGAAGGAAAAUACUUGUUCUACAUCUCACGUCUUGAAUUCAACCAGGGCUCAAAGAAAAGCACUGAAAGUGAGGAAAGCCUCUGUUUUCCCAUCUCUUGAAUUUUUAAAUAGAACGUGAAAAUCAUAGGUGGGGGCAUCCUCAGUGUUGGAGAGAGAAAAGUAAAACAGCAUGUAUGCACCUGUAUUUCAAUAUGUGUCUCUCUAAACCACUGUUGGAAUUUUUACAAAGUUACAGUCUUAAAAUACAAGAACUUACUUAAAAUAAAUCUAUCUAUAUAUAUAUAUUGAGUGCCAAGAAAUACAGGAGAGGGAAGUCACAUUUUCUAUGCUUUGGAAACAGGUUCAUCAAUAAAACUCCUGCUCUUUUUCCUGGUAAUUCUUCUCUAUUUACUUUCCACAUAUUUAUACAUAUCAAUAGAGAAUUCUAGCUCCUACAAUUCUAGCUCCUACUCUACCCCAUGUCUCCACUGUGACUAGAAGGGACCUUGUCUAUGGCACCCCUCUAUUCCAGAUGCAGAUCUGGAGAUCUUGAUCCGUAUCUUGCGAAGAGAUAUCUCUUAACAUCAUGGGUGAAAAAACCUUAGCAUCCCAGGGUAAGAUGUUGCUUUAACUCACUGUCCUUGUGGGGUUUUCUCAGUAAACAUACAUAAUUCGAUUUGGCCUAUUCUGCAGCUUUCCUCUAACAUUCUGUUUUUCUUUCUAUCAUAAUUCCAGUGUGUCAGAACACUUAGAUGUGAUCCCAAGUAGGCUAUUGUAUGUGUUUCCACUUACUAGCAACACAGAAAAAAAUCAGGCUCUGAGAAUAUAUUCUUGGGAAUAUUCUCCUGGAUUUUGAGCUUUGAUACUUAUAAAGCAUUAUCUGACUUAGAAUGACCAGUUUCACCUCAACAGAUGGUUUUCCAUACGCUGUCUCAAAAGUAAGUCAAAAAGGCAGUUACCUUUAACCCAGUCUCCUUAGGAAAAUUCUGGCCUUAAUUCCAAGAACUGACCUUGUACUAAUUCACUCUUCUAGUACUCAUGGAUGGAGAAGUCUGGUAGAGUGAAAUCUCUUAGAGUCUCUUGAAGAGGGAGAGAUUUGCUUUUGUUCUCUGAAUUCAAGAGCUCAGUAGCCUACUCUGUAUUCUUUUACUUGAUUCCUCUGUUUUUGCCAAUGUAGGGACAGCCUUUCUUUGUCUGAAAUGAUCUUCACUCCUUCGAGGGUCACCCUAUCCUUGCAAGAAGCCAGUAGCAAUAUGAAAGCAAGUCUUUCACUCACACCAGCUGCCUGCCUCCACCUGAGGUUAGGGGCACAUUUCUAACAGCCAGGCAUUAGAAAACAGCCUGUAGUUGCUACUGCUACUGACUCCCUGCUACUUUUGUACCACCUUCACCUGUUUGCAAAGAAGAGACAAUGCAACUGCUGUUUUUCCCAGGUAACUGUGAUACACCUUGGUAUAAGCAGAGGAGAAAUAACAUUCCUUUUAGAUAUCCAUAAAUGUAGAGUGAGUAGUAAUAUUCUGAGACCAAUUAUGACCUGAACGUCCACAUAUCCUUGGGAAGGACAAAUUUCUCUGAUUCAGCCCCUACAGACUUGGUUUUACCACAUUUUGCAGCUUAACGAAACAAACAAUUGCACUGAUAUAAGAUGGAGAAAUUUAGAGGCUGGAGUCAGUGCACCUCUGCCAGUUCUAGCUGGACUACAGAUACAUGUUCUGCUCACUUCUCCUGUGGUAUAUUAACAGAAGAACACGGAUUUGGCUGGAUGAGAGAGCAGAUGGAAUCUAAGUCAAAGUCAGAGUGCAUGAGUCAUGACAGACAGGUUGUGAGCUGGGGGAGAAGAAGCUGGAACAAAAUACGAUGCACAUGGAAAGGCUUGGGAAGCUCACAGUAAGAAAAAAGCUAACCUGAAAAGUUUCAUGAGAUUUGUCACAUGAGGGUACAAGGGCCAUAUACAUACAUGCCUGCACAUACACACACAUGUAUAUCUUCUCUCUUCCUGUUACCCUUAGCUGUCUCAGAGAAACUUCAAUGACCUGGACUGCUCCCUGUGGGGAAGCAGUAAGGUAUAUGUUGUUACUGCUGCUCUGUGGAGACAUCACUCAAGAUCCACUCCAGGUGUGCACCCACCUGAGGAAAACUUGAAUGUGGACUGGGAGCCAGGAUGGAGACAAAAAAACAUACCACAAAAAUGAACUGUAAUGUCUGAAGAUGUUUCCUCUACCAUUUUUACUAAUAAAAUCUUCACUGAGAUGA